CACAUCAUCGCACUUCGAUCACAACCAACCCAACGAAAAGCCAUUGAUACGAACCUUUUGUUCCUCUUCGUGAAAUUGAAACAUAAUCCGAACACCGACCGCAACAAUGUAUUUUACACGAUCCAAACAAUUCGCUAUUGCUUCCGCAGUAUUGAUGGCCGUUGCGACGUCUGUCGACGGUUUUGCCCCACCGGUCACACAACCUCAGCCAUCCGCAUCACGCCUCUCCAUGGCACCAAAUGAGCAGGAUCCCCAGCAGCUACGACAGGGUUUGACGCGCGCUACGGCCGCGUUCGUGGUAGCGAGCACCAUCUUUUUGUCGCCCACUGGCGCCCUGGCUCUCGAAGAGGACGCCGUCGCUGCGAGUGAUUCCGCAACGACGACGUCCGUUGCAAAAACGCCGUCCGUUGCCCAGUGUGGCGUUUCCAAGAAUUCCCCACCGUGCGUUUCCACAUCGAACGUGCGCCAGUUGGAUCUGUACGCUGCUCCCUGGACCUUUGACACCAGCGCCGACGAGGCUCUGGCUCGUUUGAAGGGUGCCGUCGAAGCCGAGCCAUUGAACGCGAUUGUGUCGACGGAGGACAGCAGCAGCCGGCAUUUAUUCGUAGACUCCAAGCGAAGCAAACUAGGAACUACCGCGUAUCGAAUGGAAUUUGUAAUCAACGAUUCCGACAAGGUUAUUACCUUUCGAUCGAGUGCUCCAUCGGAUCUCACCGGACCCGAUUUCGGAUUGCAACGAAAACGAUUGACCGAGAUCCGCGAACGCUCCGGUGCCUUUGGUGUAAUGGGAGAAUCACUGGAUUCGGCCGAUACGAAAUCGACGGGUGAAAAAGGAUACGGCCCCCUCGGGCAGCUAAAGUCGUUCUAUGGAUAUCAAAGUGGGGGUGGAUUCGAAGACGUCCUAGCGGAAUAAACUGCCGAUUGAGCUGACAAACAAAGAAACAAGUGACGA